AUGGGUUUUAAGAGUCUUAUGAUGUGCCGUGCCACCGUGAAGUGGCGAUGCAGUUUGGAAAGCAGCCUGGAGUGUGGCCGCGGCUUGGUAGUAGAAGUAGUGGAGGUAGUGGAGUUCACGCGGCGCUCCUCUCUUCUCAAACCCAGCCCCCAAGCAGAAAAAGUUUACAAGCUCUGCAGCCCUCCAGCUGAUUUACAUAAAGUUGGCACUGUUGUUACUCCCGAUAAUGACAUCUACAUAGCUGGUGGUCAAGUUCCUCUGAAAAACUCAAAAACAAAUCACAGUAAAACAAGCAAACUUUAUACUGCCUUCAGAACUGUGAAUUGCUUUUACUGGUUUGAUGCACAGCAAAAUACCUGGUUUCCAAAGACCCCGAUGCAUUUUGUCCGCAUAAAACCAUCUUUGGUUUGCUGCGAAGGCUAUAUCUAUGCAAUUGGAGGUGAUAGUGUUGGUGGAGAGCUUAAUCGGAGGACUGUAGAGAGAUACGACACUGAGAAGGACGAGUGGACAAUGGUCAGUCCCUUGCCUUGUGCUUGGCAGUGGAGUGCUGCAGUUGUGGUUCAUGACUGCAUUUAUGUCAUGACACUGAACCUUAUGUACUGCUACUUCCCAAGAUCUGAUUCCUGGGUAGAAAUGGCCAUGAGACAGACAAGUAGGUCUUUUGCUUCAGCUGCAGCUUUUGGUGAUAAAAUUUUCUAUAUCGGUGGAUUGCGUAUUGCUACCAAUUCUGGCAUAAGAUUCCCCUCUGGAACAGUAGAUGGGUCUUCAGUAACUGUGGAAAUUUAUGAUGUGAAUAAAAAUGAGUGGAAAAUGGCUGCCAACAUACCUGCAAAGAGGUACUCAGACCCCUGUGUUCGAGCUGUUGUGAUAUCUAAUUCCCUGUGUGUGUUCAUGCGAGAAACACAUCUAAAUGAGAGAGCUAAAUAUGUCACCUACCAGUACGAUCUGGAACUUGACUGGUGGUCUUUGCGGCAGCAUAUAUCUGAACGUGUUCUAUGGGACCUCGGGAGAGACUUUCGAUGCACUGUGGGGAAACUUUAUCCAUCCUGCCUUGAAGAAUCUCCAUGGAAGCCACCAACUUACUUUUUUUCACCAGACGGGACAGAAGAGUUUGAACUGGAUGGAGAAUUGAUUGGAUUACCACCUGUAUAGUUCAGGGAAUGCACGCCUGUUUUAUGUGCUUUGUCAUUUACUUUGCUAAACAAGAAAAGCUAUGAAAGGACUAAAUAUGAUUACAUAAAAAUCUAUCUUUGAUAAAUUUUGUUUUUAUGCCCUACUUAAUAUUUGCAUCAGUAUAAUAUAUAUCAGUGAGUCUUACAGAAAAAUAUGCUUCCAUAAUAUGAAAUAGAUUAUCCAAUAAUUGAGAAACUUCUAUGUGUAUCCAUGAGAGCAUAAAAAUCUGGAUUAUCUAAUAACAUUGUUAGCCCUGUGUAUGUACAGAUCAAAAAGUUCACUUAUUAAAGUAGUUUCUGUUCCUAGUGUGGUAUAUUGCAAAUUGUGCUAAAGUUAUUUUAGUAUAUGUAUUUCAUUCUCGUGCUUCUGUUCUGAAGUCCUGGAAUAAUUUUUUCAGUGUAAUUAAUUCAGCUGCACUUAACACUAAUGUCCAUGUUGGUAUAAAACUGUUUAAAUCUUAUAGUUGAGGAAGAUCUUCCAUUUUAUGGUAUUACAGGGAAGCUAAGAAUGCAGGAUCAGUCUAACUAUACUAUUAGGUGCAUGUUUUCCCUUUUCAAUAACUUAUACUUGUCUAUCUAGAAUAUAGGUCUUCCAAUCAGCUGGUCAUUUACCAGGUAUGGACUUAAGUUGCUGGGCUUGCAAUAAGAAUUGCUGGUCCCUCAUUGUGCGGGUUGGGGUGGAGCUUUAAUCAGGAAAUGCUCCACUUUCUGUAUUAUGUUAACAUUGGCUCAUGCAUAUACCUACCUGCUGCUGAUGUAUUUCUCCAUCUUAAAGAUUUAGAGUGGGUUAACCAGGUAAUUUACAUCUUAAAUUAAUAGCAAGCAUUACUGUAGAGUGAUUGUGUAUAGAUCUCCAUUAGCUGUCAGGGUAUGUUUUUUUAGCCUGUUGUGUAUGUUGUGUGUGUGGGGUGGGUAGGAUUAGGACGGUGAACUGUUCAGGAAUUCUCUGCACUAGCUGUGCAGAAGAGCAGAUACCUAGUGCUGCUCUGGCAUUAAUCCCAGGAACCACUAGCAGUAGCGGGGUGCCGCCAAUCUAACAUGAGCACAGGUGCUUCAUGACAAACAUUACUAGCAUGUUCAACUGCAUAAUGUUCUGGCACUGUAUUUUGAAUGACAUUAAUUUAUUAAAUAAAUUGUAUAUAUUCAAUA